UCCCUUUCUCCCUGCCUCACCCCCUCUCUCUCACUUUUUCUCUCUCUCUGCAGUUUGUUUUUCUGCAUGUGUUUUUUGAUUGGAGGCUGUGUCUACAUGAGAAGUGGGAUGUGCAGUUGGAAUGUUGCCUAAAGGCAAGGGAAGCACGCUGCUUUCACGCUCCAAUCUGUGAGACAGUAUGACAGCGUGGCUGAGGGCAAAGAAAGCUGUGUCUUCAAAGCAACCUCUCGGUCAACUUGACUCAAAGGAGCACUGCGCUCUCUGAGUCAGCUGUAUAAGCUAAUAUGACAAAAACAAACAGUUCUUUUGAAUGGCAUAAGUGGGGAACAUACUGGUCUGGUCAGACUAGAAGGUGCAGGACCUGUUGAUGAGCAGAAACAAGCACCCUGGAGUAAUUGUCCAUCUUCUUGAAAUUAGAGGAGAACACCUCAAACCAUCUUGAAGGAGAGGCACUGCGGAGUGAAAGUCCAUCUGCUCCAAGUUAGAGGAGAACAUCUCUGGAAGCUGGAAGUUAAAUCAUAUCAUCCAACACCAUAGUUCUCUCAGAAAUAAGCACUGUCGAGUGGAAGUCCAUCUGCUCUAACUUCGUGGAGAACAUCUCUGGGAGCUGGAAGGAGAACCUGAUAUUUCAACACUGCAGUUCAUUUCGGCCAUUCUCUGGAGAUAUGAGAAGAGAUAGGUUACUGGUAGCCGUCACUUUGGUCACUCUCUUAGCGGCUGACAUCCAUUUUGUUCUUCUUCCCAGACUGAAAUCCUGGUAUCACCUUCCCAGAGAAAGCUGUGCAUGCAGGGAUGCCAAUGGCACCAUGGGGAAUGGAGGUACCUCAACUGAACUGUGGAUUUUGAUCCAGAAUUCCACUCUGGUUUCCACAGAGUAUGGCUCCAAGCUGGAUCGAUUGUUCAGACACCCGCUGUACAACGUCCAUCCUCCAGAGCUGGGGCCCGAUGAGCUGCUCCUACAGCACGAGGAGCUUAUGAGUUACUACAAGAGGAAAGUGAGCCGCUGGGAGAUACUGAAAAAGUACUACAUCAAGGUGGCUGCGGCUUCAAACAUCACUAUACCUGAUCACCCUGUGAUCUUUGACCCUGAGGCCAGUUGGCUGCAGUUUCAUCUAGGGAUCAACCGCUAUGCGCUGUACUCAAGAGAGGACAACAGCAUAGACAGACUGCUGCAGGAUAUGAAGACAGCCACUGUCAUAAGUGCAGAUUACACUCAGGAUGAGAAAGCAUUAAAGGGUUCAUGUGAUUGCUCUCAAGUGGUUAAGCCAAGUGGUCUUCAUCUGAAGUUGGCACUGAAGCUCCAAGACUUUGGCAAAGCUAUGUUCAAGCCAAUGAGACAGGAGCGGCAUGAAGAGACCCCGGAGAACUUCUUCUAUUUUGUCGACUUUCAGAGACACAAUGCUGAGAUUGCGGCUUUCCAUCUUGACAGAAUUCUGGACUUUAGGAGAGUUCCUCCUGUGUCGGGGAGAUUCGUCAAUGUGACCGGUGAAAUCUUGUACAUAACUCACAAUGAGGAGCUGCGUAAUGUUUUCUUCACCUCUCCAGCCAACAACACGUGUUUCUUCGCUAAGUGUUUAUAUGUGUGCAAGUCGGAGUAUGCAGUGUGUGGUCACCCUGAUCUUCUAGAGGGAUCCAUGUCUGCCUAUUUACCAGGCCUGAGCAUUGCACCCCGUAUCUCCAUCCCUAACCCCUGGAUACGAUCCUACAGUUUCACCGGGAGAGAAGAGUGGGAGGUCAAUCCAUUAUAUUGCGACACAAUCAAAAAACGUUACCCCUACAGCUCUGGAAACAGACUGCUCAACAUUAUUGACAUGGCAAUAUUUGACUUUCUCACAGGAAACAUGGACAGGCACCACUAUGAACUUUUCACCAAGUUUGGGGAUGACGGUUUCCUGCUACAUUUGGACAACGCCAGAGGAUUUGGACGACAUUCCCAUGAUGAGAUGUCCAUUCUAGCACCCUUGACCCAAUGUUGCAUGAUCAAGCGCUCUACGUUGUUGAGACUGGAGCUUUUGGCAAGAUCUGAGUACCGCCUGAGUGAUAUCAUGAGGGAGUCCCUCUCCCGAGACACUCUCACGCAGAUUUUGACUGAGGCCCACCUGCAGGCCCUUGACCGCCGGUUGGAACAGGUGCUUGGGACAGUAGGAAAGUGUGUGAAGAAUCUAGGAGAAGCUCAGGUGGUGGCCACAGACUUUGUGGAAUCCACAAGAGGAACUACUAGCCACCCAGGAGGAAAUAACAGGUGACAGAGCGAGAUGGACGUUUCAGAGCGAGGAUUCGAGGAGAUAACUGGAACUGACUGUGUCCAUGAUUGUUUUUAAAGGUGCUGUAUGCAAAUCUAGUUAGUUUUACCAACUUCCAUCAUACUUAAGGUGCAGCAGAGACUGUUUGGAUUGAGACAGGUCACUUGUACAGUUAUGAAUGGGAGAAAUCAUCACCCUUUAAUAUAGUGCCUCUAGGAACGGAAGUUAAAAGAGCCAAUCACCUUUUUAAUAGAGACUUUGUCAGUUUUCAUUGAGAAUGUGCAUGCACAUUAAAUGGACCAGCCUGAAAAAUAUAUUUUAUUUCUGUAAGUUGAGCUAAAGAAACAUCAUUUAUGAUACGAUUGAUGUCAGUUUUUUUGGCAGAUUGGAAAUAUUUUAAUUUAUUGUAAUCUUAACCAACAAUUUUUAUGAUUUCUAUCUUUCCCCAUUCAGUAGAUAGGAGCUGUACUAGUAUCCAUAGACAAUAGUGUACCCAGGCUGCCCAAAUGAUGAGUUUAGGGGGUUAGUCUGUGAAUUAAGUAGCCGAUCAUAGUCAAACAGACUGCAGUCAGUUGGAAAAGCUGCUAGUUACUUUAAAAACCUCAGCCAGACAGAUGAUGCAGCAUUGGCAAGAAACUAAUUAAAUCUUAAGAUCACCUCACGUCAGCAAGCACACCAUUUAUGUGGUAUUUUAACUGCACAGUGAAAACUGUUUCCUCUGAUUAUCUGUUCCUUUUUUGUACAUCUUUGUACAAACAACUAUUAGUGGUGGCUGAGCCUUUAUGAUGAUGUACCACACAAAUAGGACACGUGGACACAGAGGGCUUGAGAAAGAAAGAGAAACAAUUUGGCAGGUUAAGUCUGAUUUCAUUACAGGAACAAAAUACUUGCUAUGGCUCAUUUUGCAGACAGAUUGCAAGCGUUUAAUUCUUGGCUGUCUCAUCUGGGCAUACUUCACAGGCUGUCAAGUGGAAUCUUAGACAAUGCACAAAACCAAAUCAUUUGAAGCAUCUAAAUGCAAUGUUAAGCUUUGUUGCAACCUGUAGUGAAACCACACUUUUGCAAUAUUGUGUUGUAGGAUGGAACAAGCUUCAACACAUGUACAGAACAUUACUAUCAGUCUCAGCAAGCAAAAAUAGCUUAAGGUCUGUGAAAAAAAAAGAAAGAAAAUACAUUAAAAAAUUCCAUUCUGUUAUGUCAAGUGCAACAGAAGCCUGGCUUUGUUUAGACAUCACAAUGCAUUUGGGAUUGUUGUAUAACCGUUUGUGAAACUUUGUGGUUAACCGAAUGGCAAAAAUGGUAACCGUGCACAUCCCUACUAAAAAUGAUCAAUGGAUAAUGAUAAAGCCAGAUAUUUGUUCAGCAUGCAACUUAACCAGUUAGCAACUGUUAGCUUGUUAGCAUGGCUACCUGACAACUGGCAUAAGAAUCGUACAUAAUACAAAUCUUAUCCUUGUUGUUUUGAAGGUAUUGUUACUGACAUACCUUCAUUCUGAUCGACUAAUGCUAAUGCGGUGUUCGCUGUCCUUUUCUGCAUAUCACGGCGCCGUUUUGUGGUCCGUUUUGCAUAAUGCGGCGGCUCAUUUUUGCUUUUCGCAGCCCAUUCGGCACGUUUCGAGGCUGACCCACCGGCCCGCUCGAUCCUCCCGAUGGCCAGUCCGCCCCUGACAUGCCCCAAAGUGCGUCGGCACACCAGGAAAAUGCCCGAUAUGCCAGAUUACCAGUCCAGCCCUGCUGCUUUGUUGCUUUUGUACCUUGAUGUAAUGAAAAUUAAGCCUUACUUUUUCUCUUUUUUUUCUCAUCACAAAAAACAUUCAGGGCUAUUGACAAAAGAUCCGGGGCUUCAGCCCUAUCAGCCAGGUUUAACUACGCCACUACCUGGAUGCCCUACUGCAUUUGCCAAAAUUGACAGUGCACAACUGCAUGCCAUCUUGCAGUUCACUUGAGUUUGACAUUCCAUUUCCAGUAUGAUGAAUAAACCUAAAAUAAUCAUGAUCUCAAUUUUGAGCAAUUCUUUUUUUUUUUUAUUAGAUUGGCAGAAGUUAAGACAUUUCUAAAUGCAAUUUAAUUCGAAAAUGCUAAAAUAACUUUUUAUUUCCAAAACGUUAUAUGGAUGCCGCAAGCAACAGGAUGAGUUCAUGUGACCUCAUGUGUAGCAGCAGCAGACUUCCAUUUGAAAUCUGGUUUCACUUACUAUUUGUAAAUAAUAGUAGACAGUACAUAAUGUAUAUUGUGCAGUAUGCAGUAAUUAGCAAGCUAGUAUUCUAUUCUGCACAUAGCCCCAGAUUUUUCUCUCUUGGUUGAAUACUGCCCCCUUGUGUCUCAUUUAUAGUGGAUGGUGACUCAGUGAAAAAUUCAGAUCUAUGGUACAUCGAACUACAAACAUAUAGGCAUGUAAACAAGUUUUAAUAUAUAAAGACAAAUAAAGACAAUUUUUCUGGUAAUAAAGUAUCCCACUUCAGUUGAUGGUUCAACAAUACAACCUUUUUAUUGCUUAAACUGCCAUUUGGAUGAUCUAUAGCAAAAGGAUUAUUUUUGCGCAGAACUCACUGGAAAUCGAACUACACAUAUGGGUAACAUUGAAAAAUUAAAAAAUAAAUAAUAAUAAAAACAACAACACCUCAGUGGUCCGCAAUACGUAAGCCGCUCACAAGACUGCAGGUCGCAGAACUAGCAGAUACAUUUGGGUUAGAAGGAACAUCCAACCCUUGAUAACAGAAGCUAAAGCAAGCUCUAUUCAUCUGUUUAAUACACAGUCAUUCAUCAGUCUGCCCAUUCACACAGAUAUAAAAUACAACAAGCAUCACUGCACGAAGACGGGUGUUUGUGAAUGUCUGGGCCUAUUGUUUAAGAGGAAAUCAACAUGAUCAAAUUGAGAAAUGGUAAUGAAGAGGUGACGAGCAGCAAGAGAGUUAAAAAUCUUUAAUCUUUGAAUGUAUGGUUAGCUAAAAUGCGGAACGUGCUGUAAAUAAAGACAAUCUGUGAUUACUUUAAAAUCACAGGGUUGUCUACAGACAAAACUGGAAAUGUUGUUUUCGUACAGAGUUUCUAUAGAAAGUUAUUGUGAAUAAUCUUGACCUAAUUCAUAAAACAUGGACCGGAUAAAACAUGAAUGAGGCCCAUUAUUCUCAAACAGUACCUCAUUAAAAACCCAAGACCUCUGUAUUUACACUAAAACAAAAUAUUUUGAAUUGUUUCAGGCUUAUUUUAUUUAAACAUUAAAACCGCUACAAGCCUCUUCAAAAACAAGAGAAAGCAACAUGUUAAUCUGAAAAUAGGACAUGCGUCUAUAUAUGCCACUGUGCACUUCAACAUAUAAUUUGUGGAAAAAUAAGCUUAUUCAAAAUAAAACCGGUAUUUCUCGGCAUAUACUGACAAAAAGGUAAAUACUGAAACAUUCGGAUUGAAAACGAUUCAUCAGACAUAGCGCACAUGCAAUUGUAACAAACAAAUCAGAUAUUAUCAGUGUCAGCUAUGCUGCACUGUUCACCGAUAGAAGCUAAAUUCAAGACGCGAGGCUCUGUCCAACGUUUGGCACUGGCGUUAAAAAUCGAUGAGCCAGAUUCUCCUACAGUAGAACCUAACAUAUAUAGAUACUGCGUGGAAAUGUCCUGACAACCGAUUUACGCAUCUGAACACAAAGAGCGUGUGCAGGAAUGAUAACAAAUAUGACAAUAAAAUCACAUAUUAUUUCUAUACUUCUCUGGUCGUGACAUAUUUCCGA